AUGUCGAUCCCAGUGGUGACAAACAUUGAGCUCAGCUCCCUGGCCAAGCUUGCCAGCGGCAAGGUGCGGGAUCUUUACAAUGUCGACGAUAAGACGCUGUUGUUCGUAACAACGGACCGCAUCUCAGCCUACGACGUCAUCAUGGCCAACGGGGUGCCCCUCAAGGGCGCUGUUCUCACCAACAUCUCGGCCCACUGGUUCAAGUACAAGAAGUCGGGCACGGUACACGGACUGGCCGUGCCUGCCGGCCUCCAGCAAUGCUCCCCCUUCCCGGAGCCCAUCUACACCCCCAGCACCAAGGCCGAGCUGGGCCAGCAUGACGAGAACAUCACCCCCGAGCAGGCGGCCAAGAUCGUUGGAGAGAAGUACGCUGCACGCAUCGAGGCUCUGGCGUUGAAGGUCUACAAGGCCGGUGCGGCCUAUGCGGCUGAGCGGGGGAUCAUCAUUGCCGACACCAAGUUUGAGUUUGGUCUGGACGAGGAGACAGAUGAGAUUGUCCUCAUUGACGAGGUUCUCACCCCCGACAGCUCGCGCUUCUGGCCUGCGGAUGAAUAUGAGGUUGGCCGGGACCAGGACAGCUUCGACAAGCAGUUUUUGAGAAAUUGGUUGACCAAGGAGGGGCUCAAGGGCAAGGAUGGUGUUGAGAUGCCUGCUGAUAUUGCUCAGUCCACCAGCGAGAGGUAUUUGGAUGCUUUCAAACGUCUGACUGGCAAGACAUUGCAAGAAGCUCUUCAGGGGUAA